AUGGUCAAUGCAAUUAGAGAUAUCUAUAAGCAGCAAAAUCAUCAUACAUUUCCUCCACUCUAUGGUGAUACUGAUGAACCAUCACAUUAUAUUCAGCCAAUUGAUAUGGCGCAUCGAGCGUUGAUCCAGAAGCAUAAUCUUAAUGCAAAAAAUCUUUUAUUAAUCAAUUUUAAUCUAGCGACUGAUGGAACAGGACUUCGUCAACAUAUUUGGAGAAAGAUGUGUUUAAAAAAGAAUCGAGUUCCAUUUGCAACAUGUCUGAAAAAAUCAUCCGGUGUCGAUAUGUCACAUCUUUCGAAUAUCUAUUCACGAAAUCGUGAAUAUUCGUUCUGGUUAUCACCACGUGGAAAUGGGAUCGAUUGUCAUCGUACAUGGGAAGCAUUGUAUCUCGAUGCCAUACCAAUCGUUUGGAAUUCAUCAUUAAAUAUUCUCUAUGAACAUUUACCUGUUGUGAUUAUUCAAAAUUACACAGAAAUCACUGAAACGUUUUUACGCGAGAAAUUACAUGAAAUAUCAAUGAAAAAAUAUUAUCAAAUGAAUCAAACAUAUCAAUUCGAAAAGUUACGAAAUUCUUAUUGGCGUCAGUUGAUUUUGAGUAAAUCAAGACAUUCAAUGACAAAUAACAAUAUACGACUAAAUCGAUGUUGGCGAGCUAGAACUUCAACGAGAUCUUCUCUAUUUUCAUUUUUUUCUUAA